UCUCGGGCGGUCGCGAGCGGGACGACCGAGGCCUCAGCCUUGGCUUCGGCGACUCCGGGGAAACGUCCGUGAGCCCACGACGUGCAUACGUGACGCGUGACGACGUCUCUCUCCCAUUUAUCGGUGCUACGUUGGUCGCACACGCGUGUUCAGUCGCGCGCGAGAUGAGCAUUUAAUCGCGCGUGUGCGGCGCCAGCGAGAGCUUUCCCCCGUAUGCUCUUGUCGCUCGUCGAGUGAGAGAAAAAGAUGUCGAAAGUCGCUGACAGGCAGAGCUACGCGCAGACAUACAGACUCGUCGUCGUGGGUGGGGGUGGUGUCGGAAAAUCGGCAAUCACGAUACAAUUCAUUCAGAGUUAUUUCGUAACCGAUUAUGAUCCAACGAUCGAGGAUUCCUAUACGAAGCAGUGCGUUAUCGAUGAUGUGCCAGCUAAACUCGACAUACUGGAUACUGCUGGCCAAGAGGAAUUUAGCGCAAUGCGUGAACAAUACAUGAGAAGUGGCGAAGGAUUUCUACUGGUGUUUGCCGUUACUGAUCAUUCAUCUUUUGAUGAAAUACUAAAGUUUCACAGGCAAAUACUACGGGUGAAAGAUCGAGAUGAAUUUCCUAUGCUAAUGGUUGGAAAUAAAGCGGAUUUGGAUCAUCAAAGAAGCGUGUCGAUUGAAGAGGCGCAAAAUAUGGCACGUCAAUUGAAAAUUCCAUAUAUCGAGUGCAGCGCUAAGCUCCGGAUGAACGUCGAUCAAGCUUUCCACGAGCUGGUGCGAAUCGUUAGAAAGUUCCAACUAUCGGAACGACCGCCGCUGAAACCGAAUAAUAAGAAAGAUAAAAAGAAGUGUUGCAUGCUGUAAUAAAAUCGUCAAUUCUGACGAUUUUAUUCGAUUGUAUUUUUGGUGGUGAGUUCUAAUUCUACUUUGAAAAAAUGAUAAAUUUAAAAUGAUAGGGAGAUUUGAAAUUUUAUGAUCUGUUGGAAAAUUGUUACAUUGUUGUGCAAGUAGAGCAUUUUUUGGUGUGUAGGAUCGAAAUAACACGGAUUCAGUUUCAAUCAAGUACUCGUAAAACACCAACUUGGCGUCGAGUUCGUUAAUAAUAAUAAUCCAACGUGUUUUCCUACCGUUAUAAUGAAGGGUGGUUUCUUAUCACGAUUAUAUUGUCGACAUUCAACAUUAUUUCGUGACAAUAUAACAAUAUAACAUUGUUAAUUACAAUGUGAGAAUUACGACAUCAAGAGGGAAAAAUUUCAGCGCAAAACAAUCGAUCAUCACAGGUUUUAAUUUUUUAGUACUGUUAUAUUUUUUCAAUCUGUUAUACGUACAGAUCAAUAGAAAAUCAUAUUUUUCUAUAUAGUCUCCGUUUUGCACAAAUGUUAGAAGCAAUAGCACAGUGAAUAAAAUAUUUUAAAUAAAAUAUUUAUAAAUAUUUAUAAAAUAUUUGUAAAUAUUUUAACGAAUAAAAUAUUUUUUAAAUAUUUAUAUUUUUAAAUGAUUUUUAAUAAGGACUGUAUACAUAAUUACUGCUGUGUAGUUAAAAUAGUUUACCGUUAUUAUUUGUGACGCGCUGUAUUGCUUAGGAUAAUGUAUUUGAGUGAUGAGAAUAUAAUGACGCGGACAAUGUACCGGUCAUUCUGAAUUUUGUAUAGUCUGGCUUUUGCUCGAUGCUGAUGCGUUUGGCAUUAAUGAUCUCGAUUUGCGAUGUCUGCCAUUUUAAAAAAGAAAGUAAACUUGGAAAAACAAGUUUCUCUUUGUAAUAACACGAGUUUUUAUGACGCUUUUUAUGACUGACAUUUUAAAAUAUGAAAGCAACGUUUUAUACUAAAAAUAAGUCGAUUAUUUAAUGCAGAAAUAUGUUUCUGCUUUGUAUUUCUUAUUUGAACAUUUCUUUCCAUUAACUCUAUUAUAAACAUGAUUUGUCAUGCUCAUGCCAGCACAACUGGCGUUCCGAGUAAACAAAGUUACGAAAUAUUUCUGUUGGAACAGUAGACCCAUGAUGAACUGCAGGGGGUAACAGUGGUUAAAAAAUUCGAUUGUUAAACUCCGGGUCCAUAAAAUGAGGGUCUAUUACUUAAAAUGCGAUACUUCGCCUUUAUUCACGUACAUGAAUGAAUGUAUGCGAAUAUGGCGGUAUAUACAAAACGAUUUAAAAUAACUUGUCCUUUUAUUCUUCGUGGAAAUGUCAUAUUCUUGAGCAAUUUCUAGGAAGAUUUUUCCUUGCAAAUGAAAUUGUCACGUUAUGCGUUGUAUUGUCUCCGCUUGCCCGUUGUACCAGACUCGUGUGUGUGUGUGUGAGUAACGAACUAUUUUCAAUUAUAAAUAAAAAAUGAAGUUUCGGACAAAAUUUGGAAAAAGGAAAAUUGUUUUAGAAAUCGCCCAAGAAUAUGACAUUUUAAAGACAUCAGAUUGUUUUGAAUCACCCUUGUAUAUCUAAUAUUUACAAAAAGUGCAUUCGAUGAAAAAUAGUUAACCGUAAAUAUUUUAUAUAAUGGCGACUUAAACACACCCUAUAUUCUACUUGUCAAAAAUGCACCUGCUAUUAUUAGCGGCAUUCUAAUUUGUCUUCCUUUAGGCUGAGUCAUAAUGUCUAAUUGCGAAAAUCAAAAUGGCAUAGUGAUAUUGCCAAAUGAGCGAAUAACGUUUCUGUUCAAUGUGUUUAUAAGAACUGUUUGAAUUGUUUAGAAUUAUCUCUAUAUAUUUACACGUAGCACUUAGUGGUUGAAAUUUUGUGCUAUUUUUGUUAUAAUAAAAUCAGAAUGGGGCCAAUAACAUUUUUAACGCAAACGAUCCUGUAAUUAAUGUUUAACAAUAUCAAUAGAAUAAUAUAUCGUAUAUACCACAAGUUCUGAUUAACGCGCUGCCUUACAUGUAACAUAUUUAAUACUUUCGAAGAUCAAUGCACAAUUUAUAGCAUGCUUUGAAACAACGUGUAUGUAUUAUAUGUUGUGCGUAAAAGAAGAAGAUAAUGUGUUUAAAUUUUAAUUUAUACGUUGAAGCAAAAUUAACGCUUUGCAUAUUUACUUAUUUAUAUAUUCUCGUUAUAAUCGAAAUAAUUGUCUUCCAAUAUAGUUAUUUCCUAAAUGCAUGCAACUUUCUCUGACUUCUUUACCAUUUUAUAAAAAACAAAAUUAUAUACAAAUAAUCUAAUCUCGUAUAACUUUCCGUUUGACGAAUAAUAACGUACAAAGUAUAAAUAUAAAUAUUUCGCUCCAUUUUUCCUCCGCUAACAGAUGUUUUAUGUGGUAUUCGUAGUUAACGAUGUUGUAUUCGCGGAGAUAUAAAAAAAUGUGUUCAAUAAGUUUUGGUUUCACCAACAAUAAAAACAAUAUUUUUAUCUCGUUCGAAUUUUCCUGUAUCUCUUUAACGAAAUUGGGGUUUAUUGUUGGUGAUACCGAUUACAAAAUGUACUAAUAAUGAUACUAAUAUAAUAUUAGCUUUAAAUAAUAUAGUUAUACACAAUAUUAUGUGAAACGACUUGUAAACGAUAUGUAUAAUUCAAAUUGCUAAAUUUUGCAACGAUAUGGUAUCAUAUUUUUAACAAUAAUUAAUUUAUGCCAAUGUAUAUCUUGCAAAAUGUUACUUAUAAUAAUUUGCAAAGCGCCAAGAAUUAAAUAAAAAUGUCGUUUAUUUUUGUAACUGAGUAUAUUUAUAUGUUUAUAAAGAUACGCAGACUGAUUUUUGGACUCAAUUUAUGUUAAACAACUUCUGUAAACCAAAUAAUAUGAAUAUGAAUGAAUAUUAAUU